CUCCCUGUGAAAACCAAGCCUCUGCUCUUUUCCUCCGGAACUAACCCAGUACCGCCUCCAAACCCGACUUCAUUGGAUCCAUAUUUAUCUUCCCCAACACCCAUUACACCCGAUUUCUCAUACCAUCCUGCAAAAUCCUCAUAGCUUAGCCAGGAAUUGGUUUCCAAAUUGCUGUGAUGCCGAUGGCGGCUGGGCUAACAUUGCCGACCGAUCACGCUCCUCCUAUGGAACCUACUAUGGUGCCGAUGCAAUCAACACCUAUUAUGGUUUCAGACUCCUUUGCUAAAGAUGCUAUUAUUUCUUGGUUCCGCAGUGAAUUUGCCGCUGCCAAUGCCGUUAUUGACGCUCUUUGCGGUCAUCUUGCUCAGCUCAGUGCAGCCACUGGAACCUCCGACUAUGAGUCUGUUUUUUCCGCAAUUCAUCGCCGGAGAUUGAACUGGAUACCAGUCAUACAAAUGCAGAAGUAUCACUCAAUAGCCGAAGUGGCGGUGGAGCUUCGCAAAGUCACUGAGAGGAAGACAGAGGCCACAGAAAAAAGGCAAGAUAACAGCAAGAGUGAGGACGCGAACACUUGUUCCGAAGACAAAAAGAAAAUAAAUCAUAAAACAAUGGAUAGUGAUGGAAAUGGCGGUCACGAGGCUCCCGACGAGUACGAUUCGCCGGAAAGUGAAAUUACCGAUACAGGAUCUCAAGAAAUGCAAGCCAGUUUGAUGAACAGCAGUAUAUGCUCCAACCACGAAGAAUGUGAGGGACGUAGUUCCCAGAUAAAGUUGACAAAAGGUUUCUCGGCAAAGGAGUCGGUGAAGGGGCACAUGGUGAAUGUGGUGAAAGGAUUGAAGUUGUAUGAGGAAGUUUUUACUGACUCAGAACUCUGCAAGCUCUAUGAUUUUGUCAAUGAGAUCCAUUCUGCUGGCCAGAAUGGAGAACUCUCAGGCGAAACUUUUAUACUGUUCAACAAGCAGAUGAAGGGAAACAAGAGAGAGCUGAUUCAGCUUGGUGUUCCAAUUUUUGGACAGAUCAAGGAGGAUGUAAAAAGUAAUAUAGAGCCAAUUCCAACUCUUCUUCAAAGUGUUAUUGAUCAUCUUAUUCAGUGGAAACUGCUUCCAGAGUACAAAAAGCCAAAUAGUUGUAUCAUCAACUAUUUUGAAGAGGGAGAAUAUUCUCAGCCAUUCCUCAAACCCCCUCAUCUGGACCAACCUGUGUCCACUCUGCUUCUCUCUGAAUCAACUAUGGCUUUUGGGCGUACUCUUACUGGCGACAGUGAAGGAAACUACAAGGGGCCACUCAUGCUCUCACCGAAGAAUGGGUCUCUUAUAGUGAUGAGAGGGAACAGUGCUGACAUGGCAAGGCACGUGAUGUGCCCAUCUCCAAACAGAAGGGUCAGCAUCACAUUUUUCAGGGUAAAGCCAGACUCCAACCAAAGCCAAACACCAAUUCCUUCCAUGGCAACCACGAUGGGUGUUUGGCAACCGGGAAUAGCCAGCCCAUAUGGUUUGGCAAAUGGAGCUCUCAGUGGCAAUGAGGCCAUGGAUAUGAUGCCCAAGUGGGGAAUAGUUCGUGCCCCAAUGGUAAUGCUAACCCCCAUGCGCCCUAUGGUGUUGAGUUCUCGCAAGCUUCCUCGUGGUGGGACAGGUGUCUUCUUACCUUGGAACAUGCCUUCCAAAAAACAUGCCAAGCAUCUUCCUCCUCGUGCCCAGAAAGGACGCCUUCUAGCGUUACCUCCCCCCGUUGAGCCACAAUCUCACAUGGAAGAGUCCACUUCUGAUCCAACCUUUGCUGUGGACGCACAAGUUUGAAUUUAGUUUGAAACAGCAGCCUUAGGUUCAACCGAGUAUGAACCGAGGAAGGUGGUGGCUUAGUUUUAUUUUCAUGUACUAAUUGGGCCCGGCUGUUGUUUGUUGAGUUUCGUUCUUUCUUUUUGUCUUCUUUCGGCUCUUUUAUUGUUAAGUUAGGUUGUAUCAAUGAUCAUAGUAGCUUUCCUUUUUAAUGGAUUUCAAUCACGGUACCAAGAGCUUCGGAGUAGA